AAUUUGAUUUGGGGUUGUGGUUACUGCGCAAUAUACGAUGACAGCCAAGGCCCAUGAGCUCUGGUGACUAAUCCACAGGUGUUACGAGGCGAGACGAGGUGCGGUGCGGGGAGAUGCUGAGCUACAUGGGAAGGAUGUCCUGUAUGCUGACAACGAGUUUACCUACGCUGAACGCCACAGCUACAGCCACCAAAUUUCCAAAGGUUUUAUGUGAUUCACUAAGGCAACGACAUUUUUCUCCUCGUCUGCGCUCUUAUCCAUCGAUAUUCUGCGAGAAGGGCUGUUGUGGAUCUAACUCCGUUUUGCGAAGAAAAAAUUGGUCAACCUCCGGCAACAUGAGGCCCUUGUUACAUAUGUAUGGCUUGGGAAGCGAUAGCUCAAGUGAUCUUCCGUUGAGCGAUGAGAACGAGUCACAUAUAAAAGAGCACACGGCAGCAAAAGAUGGGAUAUGGCAGUGGCUGCAAAAAUUCAUCACAGAAAGAAGCGCCGAAAAAGAAAAACUUCGCAACAACCUGAAGCGAUAUGGGUUAGCUGGGGUGCUCUCUUAUGGACUUCUAAACACCUUCUACUAUCUCGUUACAUUUCUCUUUGUUUGGUUUUAUGUGGCUCCCUCGGAAGGUAGUCUUGGCUUCGGCCCUGCUGCUCAAAGGUUCGUGAAACUAUUUUCAAUGGUGUGGGCAGGCAGUCAGGUCACGAAGCUUUUUCGCGCAGCAGGGGCUCUCGCUCUAGCUCCCUUUGUGGACAGGGGUCUGAACUGGUACACUGAUCGCUUCAAUUUCAAGUCCAGAGGGAAGGCUUUCGGUUUCAUAGUGGGAGCGUGUGUCGUGCUUGCAGUAUCGGUGUUCCUCAUAAUUACAACAUUGUCGGUGUGACUACAGUUCUGACCUUACCGUUGGACCUCAUGUACGGUGAAUCUCAUAACGUAGAGAUACUUGUAUCCUCCGUAACAAAUAACAGCACGAGGAGGGUUGAUAAGGCACGAGCCAUCAGUAGCUAUGAGUAUGAGCUAUGAGUACAGAUUGUUCAAUCAGUAUGAUUCGACGAAAAUUCCUAACCGCUAGUAGCAAAUUGAGAGAAUUUAGGUUCUCAUAUUUUCAUCACACAAGACGGCAUGUGCAUAUAUGUCAUUUCACAAGUUCUAUUCCACGCAAGGGAUGUUUGCGUCCAGGGCCAAAAUAGCCCAAUGUUCAAGUUCAGUUGUCACGUAUCUCCACCUCAUGUAUGUAAGCAUCGCUCCUGAUCCCUGAAGGAGGGAUAUUGGACCUACCUUUGUACGGAAUGCUUCCGUCGAAAAAAUUAUAGCUGGAGAAGAGUUAUUAGAGUAGUUACUCAGUGGAAAGGCUUAUAACAAGGUAACUUGUUACUAGAGCAUAAUGGAUCUGAAAGGAAGACGCCAUUAUGAGUCAAGAGGUAUGAGCCCAACAAGGUCCCGAUGGGUGAAGCUUCAGUCACAAUGUAAAACAGCAUAUUCUUCAGGGUAGGGUGUACGUUCUGUUCCAUGUGUCUCCUGUUACUUACAUAAUAUGUAGAUAUACAAGCAUAAACAACAUGUUAUGGACAAAUCAUAACCAUGGUGGGAUUAUGCAGGCAUGUUUACUUUUGGCUACACAAUGGAUAAAU